AGAAUUGCCCUUGCAUAUCUGGUAGGCGCACUUCUUGAGAUCUCAACAAAGAGCUCACAAACCAAGGAUCUGUCUCCUGGCUGGUACACUUUAUUCAAGCUAUACGGUUGGCAAUGGCUGCUUGGUGGAUGUGUCCUUGUUGUUUAUUUGGGAGUAAUAUAUGGGAUAUACGUCCCUGAUUGGAACUUCACUAUCCAUAAUACAGAUAGUCCAAACUAUGGGAAGGUUUUCACUGUAGCUUGCAGUGCCAGAGGAAAAUUGGAUCCCCCGUGUAAUGCUGUUGGAUAUGUGGACAGACAAGUGCUAGGAAUCAAUCAUAUGUAUGAACAUCCAGCUUGGAGGAGAUCUUCAGCUUGUACUGAGAAUUCCCCUUAUGAGGGCCCAAUUCGAAAAGUUGCUCCAUCAUGGUGUUAUGCUCCAUUUGAACCGGAAGGAAUCCUCAGCUCAAUUUCAUCUAUUCUCACAACAAUCAUUGGAGUGCAUUUAGGACAUGUGCUUGUACAUUUAAAGUCUCACUCAGAUAGGCUAAAACACUGGGUGUCCAUGGGCCUUGCUCUUCUUGUUUUAGGAAUCGUUCUUCACUACACAAAUGCAAUUCCAUUAAAUAAACAAUUGUACAGCUUCAGCUAUGUUUGUGUAACAGCAGGUGCAGCCGCAUUGGUGUUCUCAGUCUUUUAUGUUUUGGUUGACAUAUGGGGGUUGCGGUAUCUUUUUUUGCCAUUGGAAUGGAUUGGCAUGAAUGCUAUGUUUGUUUUUGUGAUGGCAGCCGAAGGAAUCUUUGCAGGAUUCUUUAAUGGAUGGUAUUAUGAGGACCCCCAUAAUACACUGGUUUACUGGAUUCAAAAGCACAUCUUCAUAAAAGUGUGGCACUCAAGAAGAGUAGGCAUUCUCCUAUAUGUUAUAUUUGCAGAGAUCUUAUUCUGGGGUAUUGUGGCAGGCAUUUUACAUUGGUUGGGCAUUUACUGGAAGCUUUAGCUACUUAUGGCAAGUAUUAUUUUUGAAUUUCAACAAUGUAAUUUGCUUCCACCAGAACUCUUGUGUACCGAGCCACAACGCCCUAUCCCCUAUGUUGACCAGUGACACUAGACAUCUGUUUAUACUUGCAUGAAGUCAUCUGUCAGGCUGUGUUCUCUGUGGUCUUACAUAGAGAUGAUAGUGCCACAAAUAAUAUGAGAUGAGCUGUGUAUGUCUUUCUUCUUAAAAUGCUCUUGGCUCAGUUGUAGUAGGAAAUUGUGUUAAUUCUGUGUAAGUUGAGUUGUAACUAACUAUGAAAGUCCUAUUUUCAACAAAUAUGAAUGGUGAGAAGUUUUCCUUCA